AUGCCACAGCAUGUGAUGCCUGCAAAGAGAAAAAGCCACACCACUGGCUCAGAUCCUGAUACACCAAGGGCAUCACUCUUGAGACAGCAGGCUGUGCCCUUGGACCGCUCCCCUUCUCUAGGACAGAUACCAACAGGAAAGGAGCUAGAAGAGCUGAUACAGCUGUACUUCUCAUCUGUGCAUCACUUUGGUUACUUUGCUUUCAUCCACCAACUCCAGUUCACGCGCCUCCUAUCCAAGGGCAAGGCACCCAGGGAGCUGACCCUGGUGAUGAUUGGAAGCGCUGUUAGAUUCGCUGCAGACCCAACGCCAGAGAAUUUGGAGAGAGCGGAUGCAUGGGUAGAUGCUGCGAUGGAGAAGGUCCUUCCGCGGAUUCACCAAGGCUUUGGGGUGAUCCAGCUGAUGACCCUCCUCCUUGCACAGCAGUAUGAUCUCAACCGUGGCCACUUUGCAUCGGCAUGGCUCCUGGGGGCCGAGUGUACGAGAAUGAUGCAGAUGAUGUCCCUGCAAACGUUUGACCGUACCUAUGCACCAAAUCUCGCAUCCAGUUUGCGCCUAUCGCCACUUCUUUCCGCCGAAGCUCUUCGGCGAGUGGCUUGGGCGACCUUUUAUAUCGACACCAUUGUGGAUGGCGGGCGAUACGGAUACCAUACUGUCGAUGAAAAUGCCUACCGGCUGCAGCUCCCUUGCGACCAGGCCAAAUUCUUGAACAACGAGAUUGUUGAAACGGAACCGCUCUAUUACGAUUCUGCUCACGCCGUGAACAACAACGCCGACAACCUCGACAUGUCGGCGUACCUCCUGCGGACUGCAGCGACAGUUGAGCAACUCGUGACUGAGCUUGAGGCUGUCGAGGCCGGCAUCGAAAAUGUCAUUACCGCCCUGCCGAAGCGUUUCCACUGCAACGCUGCCAAUCUGUUCCUCCAUCGCGACCGUCUGAUCACAUUCUUGCUCCUGCAUGUCUUGCGACACAAUCUCUACAUCGUGGCUGGCAAGGCUGCCCUGCAGGUGUAUCAACGCGACCCCUCGCUUGCGGACCGUAUACCUCAGGUGCGGCGGAGCAGGAUCUCACACGCUCUACCUGUGGCAGGCCUCAUAUCAGAAGGCUUGAAAGCUGGCAUCAAUUUUGAUCCUCAGAUGGGAGUGCAAGCAUAUGUCGCGUUGGAGAUCCUUCUGUUCGAACCGCGACGCCUGGCCGAGAUAGACCCGACGGUCGAUCCCAAGGCGCCACACUUGAUGGAGGCGAUACCUCACCUCCUCAGCGUCAUCCGCGACAUAGCAGAUCGUUCUGAACUCGUCAAACAGCUGCACGCCGAGGCCGCGCACCGCCUCCUGCGCUGCGACUGCACCCACCUGCUCGACCAGCGCGACUUUGCCGCCUUUUACAGCGAGUACCAGCUCGUCGGCCAGGACCCGGCCGAGUACGACUUCCGCGACUUCCGCUGGGCCAAGAUCGAGCGCCACCGCCGCGGCGCCCGGUCGGCGGCGCACAUGGCGCGCGACGAGGCGCUGCUCGAGUACAGGGUCGGCGGCGAGACGGAGCCCUCGUCGGCCGUGUCGUCGCCCCGGCUCGACGCGAUGGACAUCGGCGGCCCUGGCGCCGCCGCCGCUACACUGCCUUCGUCGUCGUCUGUCCCGCCUGGCGGUCUGGGCGCGGCGCUGAGGGGUGGUGUGCCCGGCGAAGCGGCGGCGGCGGCGGCGACAGCAGUCGUGCCUGGGCAAGGGGCCGGCGUCGACGACGGGACGGCUGCGGCUGCGGGCUUGAUGCACAUGGCUCAGCCGUGGUGGGGUCUGGAUGACCAGACCGGGAACGGGGAUGGGGCUGCCCAGCCGGUGUUCCCGAUGGACUGGUCCUGGCUGCUGGGCGAGUCGGGGCAGGCGGGUUACCAGACGGGCGAUCCUACGACGUUUUGGAGCCAGUUGUAA